CUAACAUUUUUCAUCAAACACCAAACAUUCCAUUUACACUUUUAUCAAUAGUAAAAACAAAUGACUUCAUUUUCUCUAUUUUGUGUCUUGGGCUUAUUUCUAAUUAUUGGUCAUGUUGCACUUGCACAAGACUCACCAACAGACUUUGUGAACGCCCACAACGUAGCAAGAUCCGAGGUUGGCGUCCCAAAUAUAGUUUGGGACGACACCGUAGCUGCUUUUGCACAGAACUAUGCUAAUCAACGUAAGGAUUGUCAACUGAUCCACUCCAGUGGUGAUCAUGGCGGUUACGGAGAGAAUAUUGCUAUGAGCUUUGGCGACUUUAGUGGCACGGGUGCUGUGGAGAUGUGGGUGGAUGAAAUAGGCAACUAUGAUCAUGAUAGUAACUCAUGUGUUGGUGGUGAAUGUCUCCAUUAUACUCAGGUGGUUUGGAAAGAUACAGUACGUGUUGGAUGUGCCAAAGUGAGAUGUGAUAAUGGUGGAACAUUCAUUACUUGCAACUAUGAUCCACCUGGUAACUUUGAAGGCCAAAGCCCAUAUUAGUUAAAUGUAUGAUUCAGUAUGUUCUAUCAUAGUUUGGCUAUAUAUAUAUAUAUAUAGAUAGUAGCCAUAUUAAGAAUAAAUAAGACUAUGAAAAACGUGUGGAAUAAGAGUUUCUUGCUCAUUAUUUUAUAUAGAUGUCCUCUUACUUUAAUUAUAAGUAAAUUUUUUCUUUUUAAAUUCAUUGAAUAACUAAUGUAUCUGACCUUAAUUAUAGACUCAAUACAUUAGUUUUUCAUUGAAUCAAAAAAGUUAAGAUUUGCUUACAAUUAAGAUCAGAUGGAGGAGGAGUAGUUAUCAAUGUUUUUAAUUCCAAUAAAAUAAUGCUUAUGUAAUUAAGUUCAUCAUGUAUAACUUGGAAACUAAUAAUGCUCAUGUAAUUUCUUCAAUAAAAAUGAAAUUGAUAUUUUAUUGUUAAA